GGCCGUGGUCGUUUUGCUAGUGGCUGGCGUGAGCCUCGCCUACGCCGACGCUUAUCCUGGUGGAUUUUUCGGCGGCGGUGGUGGAAAGAAAGGCGGUGGAUACGAUGACUACGGUGGAUAUGGUGGUGGAUACGGGGGUGGUUACGGAGGUGGUGGAAAAGGUAAAGGAAAAGGAUAUGGAGGUGGAAAAGGAAAAGGUGGUCACCAGAAUGCGUACUUCAUCGUGCAUACACCGGUGUUUAUCCAGAAGAGUGGAUAUGGACAUUCCGGUGGAUACGGUCACUCUGAUGGAGGAUACGGGCACUCAGAUGGAGGAUAUGGACAUUCCACAGGAUAUGGACACUCUGGUGGACAUUCAGGUGGAUACGGACACGUGGCGUAUGGACAUGCACCUAAGGCGUAUCAUGUGGUGGAUUAUGGCUACGAUGAUGAGUACCAUAAGUAAGGAUUAUGGCUACGAUGAUAGGUAUCAAAAAUAGGGAUUAUGACUACGAUGAUGGAUAUCAAAAACAGGGAUUAUGACUACGACGAUGAGUUUCACAAAUAGGGAUUAUGGCUACGAUGAUGAGUUUCACAAAUAGGGAUUAUGGCUACGAUGAUGAGUUUCACAAAUAGGAAUUAUG